AUGACUGUUUUGUUUUGUCCCCUGCUAAAAUGGUACCUUUUUAUCUGGCAGUUUUGCAUCAAUUUUGAUUGUUUUGCUUGCUUGCUUGCAGCCAAUGUGUUUGGAAAGCCAAAGACUAACACAGACUUCCUAGUAUACAAUGGCGACGGAUUCAAAAUUUUGAUCCCUUCAAAGUGGAACCCGAGCAAAGAGGUCGAGUACCCGGGUCAAAUUCUUAGAUAUGAGGACAACUUUGAUUCAACCAGCAAUUUGGUUGUCACAGUUACUCCAACUGAUAAGAAGUCCAUCACUGACUAUGGUUCCCCUGAGGAGUUCCUUUCUCAGGUGGAUUACUUGCUUGGGAAACAAGCUUUCUUUGGGGAGACUCAAGCUGAGGGUGGUUUCGACGCGAAUGUUGUAGCCACAGCUAACAUCUUAGAGAGUUCAACAGCAGUGAUUGAUGGGAAACAGUACUACUUUCUAUCUGUCUUGACAAGGACUGCUGAUGGAGACGAAGGCGGCAAGCAUCAACUGAUCAGAGCAACCGUUAAAGAUGGAAAACUAUACAUCUGUAAGGCUCAAGCCGGAGACAAGAGGUGGUUCAAGGGAGCUAGAAGAUUCGUUGAGAACGUGGCGAGUUCCUUCAGUGUUGCUUGAUAA